UUUCGCGGCUGACGGCCUGGAGUUCCCCUCCGAAAAUGGUCCGCUACUCACUAGACCCAGAGAACCCCACAAAAUCAUGCAAAGCCAGGGGAUCCAACUUGCGAGUACACUUCAAGAACACUCGUGAGACUGCCCAGACCAUCAAGGGGAUGCACAUCCGCAAAGCGACCAAAUUCCUCAAGGAUGUCGUCAUCCAGAGGCAGUGUGUUCCCUUCCGACGCUACAACGGUGGAGUUGGCAGGUGUGCUCAAGCUAAGGCCUGGAACUGGACACAGGGGCGAUGGCCUAAGAAGAGCGCGGAGUUCCUGCUGCACAUGUUGAAGAAUGCAGAGAGCAACGCAGAACUCAAGGGUCUGGAUGUGGAUUCCCUGGUGAUUGAGCACAUUCAAGUGAACAAGGCACCCAAGAUGCGCAGACGUACUUACCGAGCUCACGGUCGUAUCAAUCCCUACAUGAGCUCCCCCUGCCACAUUGAGAUGAUCCUCACUGAGAAGGAGCAGAUUGUCCCCAAACCAGAGGAGGAAGUUGUUCAGAAGAAAAAGGUUUCCCAAAAGAAGCUGAAGAAGCAGAAACUCAUGGCUCGGGAUUAAACUCGACAGUUGCUCCUGUAUAUAAAGUUUGAAAAGAAAGCUUUUAGAAACU